CUCUUCUCCCACUCGACUCGACGCUUCAGUAGUGCAACAGCAUCAGCUAGUUGUGUCCAUUACACUGGUCGUUGCCUGUGACUAACCCUGCGCCUGUGCAGGAUGCGCGUUUAAUUGGCAAACAACAAAAUCGCAUUGCAUUUAAAUUGAGUAUUUAUGGAAAUGAGGCAUCUGCUUUGCUUUCUAUGCGCUGUUUUUGGCUAUAUAGCUGAUCCUGUGCUUGCGGAAAUCGAAUAUAAUACCAUCAAUGCGGAUGGAUCGUUUAGAUUUCGACAUGCAAAUGAUGACAUUGGUGGCUACUAUCAUAGCGCCUCCGGCACUCCAGACAACAUCGUGCGAGGUCGUUAUGGUUCGCGUAGUCCAGCCAGCGGCCAAAUCGAAGAGACCGUCUAUACAGCCGGACCACGUGGCUUUCGAGCGAAUGGACCGAAAAUACAUCGCAAAAUGAGCUUAGCUCAGUAUCCGGUGCUUCCACGUGGCAGUCCGGAUGAUCCGCUGGCUGAUCCCUAUGACGAUCCGUCCUAUAGCUUUAACUAUCGCACGCCAGAUCAAUCGCGCAGCGAGGAGAAUGACGCCAACAAUAGGAUAAGAGGCCUCUAUUCCUACCUGGACGAUGUGGGUGAGCGGCACAGUGUGCGCUAUGCCGCUGGGGCUGGCACGGGCUUUGAGAUUUCGAAUGCGGUGCCCGAUAAUCCCGUUAGUGUAGGUUACUCCAGUCCGCUGUACAAGGCGCCUCCCAAGACGCGCGGCAAGAUGUCCGUGCAGCGUGGUCCCGGUGGCACCUACAAGCUCAUUGCAGCCGGUCCCGAUCAUCGACGUGCCGAGAGUCGCGCCUCGGAUGGAUUGGUGCGAGGCACUUACUCCUUUCUGGACGACAAGGGCGUUCAGCGCACCGUGGAGUAUAUAGCGGGUGCUGGCAUUGGCUAUCGAGUGGUGCAGAAUCGCAUUGGACCCGGCACUCACAUAAAUCCCUCUGUUGCGGAUUUUCGACUGAGCGAUACAGAUUUCCGAUUGGCAAAUGAUUUUGGACGUGGUGCGGGUGGUAGCUUAGGUGGUGGCAGUGGUAGUGGUGUCAGCAGUGGAUCCACUACAGGACCAAGUGGAACGAGUGGGACAAGUGGGGGAGCUGGCAGGGGUAGUGGUGGCGUAGAAGCAGCAGGAGGUAGAGGUGGAGCUGGAGGCGGAGGCGGAGGAAGGGGACGUGCUGGUGGUAGUGGUGGUGCCACGGAUUACUUGAAGACAGCUGACGGGGGGAAGGACGAUGACAAUGUCGAAGAUGGGGAUGAUAAUGGAUUAAUCAGCAGCUCAUACGGCUCAGCAACACCUUCAAGAGGUAAAGAAGAUAGACGCGGCUACCCGGCAGGCAGUUCCCAGCGUGGUAGCACCCGAUACGAUGGGGGAGAUGGUGGAGGCGCUGCAGGCGGCGGAGCCAGAGGUGGUGGUGGUGGUAAUGGCAAUGGUUACAGGGAAGGCAGUUCCUCCGGCAGUAGAAAUCGAGCAGGCACACAAGCUGGCUCAAAUGCGAGCGGAACACGAAAUAGACACAAUUUUAUUGGAAGGGGUGGUGGUGGUGGUGGAGGUGGUGGAGGAGGUGGUGGUGGUGGUUUCCGGCGUGGUGGAGCCGGCUCUGCUGAGUCUGCUGACAACCUUGACAGAACAAGUUCCGCCAGCGGUCCAGGUGACAAUUACAAUCUCAACGAUGAUGAUGUGGGAAGCUCGCUGCCGCCCCUGGUAACCGCUAACCAUCGCAUACUGGAAAUCGAUCGUGAUCGGGAGUGGGUGCAGCGACAUCGCGACUCCACGAUCAUCAAGAAUGUGGGCAAAUGGUAUGUGGGUCUGCCACCGGGUCAAAGUGUACGCGCCCAUGUCCAGAAUAUCGAUUUGGUGCCGCUGGGCGGUCGCGUCUCAUUGUCGCCAUCGGAGGCGUUGCGUCAGGAUGAAAUUGCCGAGCUGGCCGCCUCCCGGGAGCACUAGAGCCAAAGCACUAGAACCGAGCAAUUCCUAGUUGUAGUUAUCGUAGCGAUGUAAGUGAUGUAACUGAAACGAUGUCAACUGCGGUUAUAGCAUGUUUUAAGUAUAACUGUAAUACUAUUUAUGCUAAAUAUACAAACAAAGUAUUUCCAA